UGUCUGAGCCUGGUCCUGCUACAGCCCAACAUCUCUCUCAGUCCUCCAAAUGGAGGGAUGUUUUGGGAACCUCAAGGGCCAGAGGUGAUCAGGGGCCACAGCUUCUCCAUCACCUGCUCCAUUCAGCCACAGUAUUCUGGAGGCCUCUUCUAUCUGGACUUCUCUGGGUCCAACAGGACUGAAACUAAGCCAGCAGUCAACUACUCCUCCUUCCACUUCCCUGUUGCAGACUAUACAGACCAGGGGAAAUACAGCUGCAGCUAUGUCAACAUCUCCACCCGAUCAUUCGGGUCGGCUAAUAGGGAACUAGCUUCAUGUGGCAGGAGGGUCGACUUGUUACAGCCCAACAUCUCUCUCAGUGCUCCAAAUGGAGGGAUGUUCUGGGGACUUCAGGGGCCAGAGGUGACCAGGGGCCACAGCUUCUCCAUCACCUGCUCCAUUCAGCCACAGUAUCCUGGAGGCCUCUUCUAUCUGGACUUCUCUGGCUCCAACAGGACUGAAACUAAGCCAGCAGUCAACCACUCUGCCUCCUUUCACUUUCCUGUUGCAGAGUAUACAGACCAGGGGAACUACAGUUGUGUUUAUGAAGUUAAUGUCUCCACCCAGUCAUUCCAUUCUAUCAAGACUGAGUUGCUGACAGUCAGCAUUCGAGCGACUGAGGAAAAUGAUGAAGAGGACUAUGUCAACGUAGAAACCUUUGUCAACGUAGAAACCUUUGUCAACAAGAAUGCCCCAGGAGCCAUGAACAAGUUUGGAAACAACCAAGGUGAAGGGCCAGACGCAAGUGAGGAAGAUGAGGCCGACUAUGAAAAUCUAGACCUGGAGCAGCUCACUUCAUGUAAAGCUGGAAGGGAGAAUGACUUUGAAGAAGAUGACAACAUAUACGCAAACUAUGAGUGA